AUGAAAACAUUAAGAAAUAAUUAUAUUGCUGCUCUAUAUCGUGUUGCACAAGAUUUUCAAACAAAUGAAAUAUUAAUUGUAACAGAAUUAAUCAAAAAUGGAGAUUUAAAAAAUUGGUUGAGAUCUUCUAAAAAUAUACCUGAUGAAAAGAUUGUAAUUUCAUUUGCAUAUGAUAUAUGUCGUGAGAUGUCAUUUCUUGAACAAAGAGUACGUGUGCAUCGAAAUCUAGCUUAUAGAAAUCUUUUAAUAAGUGCUGAAGGUAAUACAAUUAAAAUAGCUGCUUUUGGUUUAUCAGCACUUGUUAAUAAAGAUGAUUUUGCACAACGUAAAAAAACUGAUUUAAAAAAAUUACCUAGUCGUUGGACAGCUGCAGAAUCAUUUGGUAUUGUAUUAAUUGAAAUAUGGUUAAAAGGUGAUGAUCCUUAUCCUGAUGAAAAAGAUUUUGCUUCAAUACGAACACUUGUACUUAAUGGAUAUAUUCAUAAGAAACCUUUGAAAUGUUCAAAUCAAUUUUAUAAUCAAUUAAUUCUUCCAUGUUUAUGGUAUGAACCAAAUCAACGACCAAAUUUUUAA